AUUUUAUGCGGCGUUGCGGCAUAACAGGUUAUACAUUUUUCGUAGCAAAUUGCUAAGUUAUUAUGUAGUUAUAUAUAUUUAUCCAAUCUAAAUUGUAUUAUAUUUUUAUGAAUAUACAUUUUCUUCAAUUUUUUUGAGGUGCGGAUCUAAACUAUGGAGUCCAACUCCCCAGAACGUCUAGAGACCAUGGUUGCUGCAGCAGUGGCUUCACAUAUCUUCAUGCAUCCAGAAAUAGAUGCAAUGUUGCAAAUAGAAGAGACUAUAUUUCCAAUCGACCUCCGGCAGGAGUAUUGGAGUUCUAUUGAGAGAAAAUUUAUGGAAAUCACAGGGAACCUUCUUCCAAUUCCUCUUCGGAAUAUGGUAUUUGGUUUUCUAAAACCGCUUCAUGAAACAUACGACUUAUGGAAAAAAGACCACUAUCUAAACAAAAAAAUAAAGCAAAAUGUUUAUAAAAGCUGUAUUUCCUGGGAAAUAGACAGUGCAACCAUCAACCGAAGGAAAACAGCAGCGAAAUUGAUCAGAAAUCGAAGAGUAGAUGUGAGAACACGAUUCAUAAUGGCAUGCACUUAUUAUCAGGAAGACGACAUUGUGGAUCUUUGGCGUCAAAUAAGAGGGAAAACCAGGAGGGCCAUAACACGCCGAGGAAGCAAUGAUUCCGUCAGGUUUUGGGUAAAGCUCCUAAAAAAAAAGGCCACCCAUACAUGGAGAGAAGAAGUUGAAAACCAUUAUCGCGUAACAAACUCUAAACCAUAUGAUAGUCCGUUGAUAUUGAAUUGCUUCUUCAGAUAUCUAAAUCAGGGUAAGCAGCUGCAAAUGUUAAUUAAACAAUUCGCUACGCAAAGGCUGCACUUGGAGGAUUUUCUGUUGUGCAUGAAUCAUAUGGAUGAUUACCAGCGUGCAAAUGUGCGUGGAAGAAUUCCUGUCUUUUUUUUCGAGCUUCUUGCAGACCCAGGAAUUAUGAGAGAUGAAGCGUAGUGUGCCCCCCCACACAUACAUACAAGAUUUUUUUUCCCUCUGAGUCGACACUCAUAUCCAAUCAAUCAUAUCGUUAGAGUAGAAAGUUCAUAUCAUUAUAUUUUUUCCCCUGCCAAAUGUCUUUUAAGCCAAUAUUUGAAAAUGAUCUCUUUUUUUUUUUUUUUACUGUUUUUAUACUUUUAGACAUCUGUAAUAGUCUAAAGUCUUUCUAAAUUUGCAUUUAUGUGAAAACCAAUUUUAUUGUAUCAUAUGAGUGUUUAUAUUUUAUGUUUAAUAAAAUAUACAUAUUUCA